UUUGGCCAAUGGGCGCAGCGCCUGGUGAACCUUUGACCUUAACGCACGGCAGUUUGUUUUUGAUAGCAAGUUUGGAAAUUUAGCAAAGACCCUAAAUUGCGACACCAUCAUUGAUGCCUUCGCACUCAAUCAACAGUUGUGAAGACGUCUAUGGGCUUCUUCAGAAUGUGACACGCCUCCUUAUUGGUAAACCCGGAUAUAUCGAAACCUGUUCAAAACUCAGCUGUGUGUCGCCUUGGCAUCAGGUGUCUGGAUCUGGAUUGUGGUGACAGUAGCAGCCUGAGCCAUCAUAAUGAUUCGAGCAGGAGGACUUUUGAAAUUGGUAGCACUGGUUUCUGUCCUUUGUCUGGCUGUGUUUUUUGCCUUUGAGCUUCUUGAGAAUAAAACAAACUUACAUUUGGGAAUAAUGUUCGAACGAUCUGCACCUGUAGAGCUGAGCUCCCCCAAAACUCCCCAACACAAAUGUGGCCUUUCUAAAUCGUGUCCCGAGGACCACUUUGCCUUUAAGGUCAGCAGCGGAGCAGCCAGUGUAGUUGGACCGAAAAUGUGUUUUCAAGAUAACAUAAUAAUGAGUGGAGUGAAGAACAAUGUUGGACGGGGUAUUAACGUCGCCUUGAUCAGUGGAAAGACAGGCGAGGUCAUCAAGACGAGUUCCUAUGACAUGUGGGCUGGAGAUGUCAACGAGCUUAUCAAGUUUUUAAAGGAAAUAGAAGAUGGAACCAUUGUCAUUAUGGCAACAUUUGAUGAUCCUGCAACAAAGCUAAAUGAUGAAGCUAGAUCGCUGAUAGCAGAUUUGGGAAGCUCAAGCAUCAGCAUUCUGGGCUUCAGAGAUAACUGGAUAUUUGUUGGAGGUAAAGGGAUCAAAACAAAGAGCCCAUUUGAGCAGCAUUUAAAAAACAACGCAGAGACCAACAAGUAUGAAGGCUGGCCGGAGGUUUUGGAGAUGGAAGGAUGCAUUCCUAUGAAACAAGAAUAAAGUCAACUUGUCUUCAGAUGAUUUCCAUUGUUCACAGCCUCCUAAAUCAAAGCAAGCACAUGGAGUUUAGUGUGACAUUUAAUGUAUGCAAGGAAAUAUUGUGAAAGUAGUAAAGUGUAUACUUAUUAGAGUUGAGUAUGUGAAGGAUUUUUCUAUAUCUUUGCUCCUACUCCUUUUAGCAAUGUUUUUUUCAGUCAAACAUUUAAAUCAACUUGCUGAAACUUACAAAGAGUGAUUCCUUGCCGAUACUUUCCAUGAUUUUCCAGGCCUGGAAAUCUGUUUUAAAAUCAUGGAAAAGGUGGUCCACAACUUGCACGUUUUUAGCCAUUUCAGUCUUCAGUGUAAUGAGAGACAAUAAAUCGUCCUGCAUUUACUUCUCAUGCAGAGGUUGAGGACAUGCAUUCAUUUCAAGUGCAUUAGGAAACUUAUUGACAUCAAUGGCUGACCUCUGCUUUCACUGAAAUACUUUUACAGCUUUAUUUAUUUUUAGUCUCCUGAAGUAUGUGUGGAGUGAUAUUUUAUUUUUUACCAGUUGACUUCACUGUUCCUGAAAAAAUCAGGACUUUAUUCUUAAAUAAUAAUAUAAAUGGCCUUAAUCACUUUAUGGAAAUCUACUGCGUCUAAGUUUCGGACAACAUUUUUCUCUUUCUGUAACUUUUGGGAAUAUUGUUAGAUUUUAGGGUUAUUGCAUAUGAAAAUUCCAAUUUGUUUUCUUUUGAUAUUUCAUUUUUGGCUUUACUGUCUGUUAUCUGCACAUGUAAAGAUUUUGUACAAUAAGCAGUGUCAUAAGUUAAAUAAGCAGUCAGUUUACAUCAAGCAACUUAUUGACACUAUGUAACCACUUGGAUUUUAUAUUCUUACUUUAAACUCUUUUGUACUGUGCAGUCACGUUACUGUUUUAGUAUAGUUAAAUGUCCUACAGUGAUGAAUGUAAAAUCAUGAUAUUUAAUUUUGCUAUGGUAUGCAAAAUUUUAUGGUGUGAUGUUUCGGAUUGUGAUCCUUUUUUUUUUUUAAGAAAACCAACUGUGUGCCUUAUUUAUAACAGUGAUCAAAUUAUACUAAUACGGAUUUGUCCACGUUUUGUGUGGGAUGAAAAUCGUAAAGCUAUGUGUGAUUUCUUUUAAAUUUAUUUAAAUCAUUUUAAUUCAAGUCGAAUCUUUUAUUGUGUGAUUGCGUUGAUACUCUCUCCUGAAUCCUCAAAGACUUUUGUAGACUUUUCCUAUUAAAAUGAAGUUGAUGAAAAGG